UUACACCAAAUAAGUCAAAGAAAAAAAAAACUCUGAUUGGUUGGAUUCACACUCAAUCGAAAAUCACCCACCAUCCUUUAUAUCCAUCAUUUCAUCUUUCAAGAAACCAUACAUCCUAUAUUUUCUAUUUAAAAUAUAUCCAAGAAGCUUACAUCAAGGAUUCAAGUUACGGAUCAAGUUCUUAUUCUCUUUUCACAUCAAUCCUUGCUUGCUUCUUGGCCCAAUUAGGUCGGUUCAAGCAUACACGUACCUUGCUAGUUGCUACUUUCUUUGCUACACUGGGUUGGUUAUCAGGUUGCAUUUUCAAAACUAUGGAACGACCGGAAUAGGAGGACCCAUGGGAAUUCAAGUACUUAGCGGGCGUUCGCAUUCUAGAAGUCUUAGCUUAUUUGCUUCCGCUGUGCGAUGAAGAUACCAGUCCAGUCACGCCAGCUCUGAUAUUUCGGGGUGUGACACAUUCUCUCCAAACUCCGCCGGUAAAAAUGGCGGUGACGGACUUCUUCGCCGGAGAAAUCGCCACCGAGCUACUCAAAAUGCUACUAAGCAUAACACGCAAAGCUUGUUUCUGCAAACCAAGCGCCGAACAACUAAUCCUCACAAUCAACGAACUCCUACCGAUCAUAACUGAAAUCAAAUACUCCGGCGUCGAAUUAACCGCCGUCCGGCAGCACCAGCUCGACUCAAUCUCCCGCGCUCUCAACGAAGGCCACGAACUCGCGGGAAAAGUCCUCAAUUCUAGCCGCUGGAACGUCUACAAAAACCUCCAGUUAUCGAGAAAAAUGGAGAAAUUAGAGAAGAAGAUAUCCAGAUUUGUUCAAGGUCCGCUUCAGGCUCACGUGCUCGCUGAUGUGCAUCAUGUGCGGUUUGAAACUAGCGAACGGUUUGAUCGGCUUGACGGCUCAAAUCGCCGGCUUGAACAGCGGCUUGAGUCGAUGUUGAUCGGCGGUGGCGGUGGUGGUGGCGGAGAGUGGUGGUUGGAGGAGGUGGUGAAGGUCGAUGAAGUAGAGAUGUUUGAAGGUGAAUUGGUGAAGGUGGGGAUGGAAUUGGGGAAGAGGAAACUGAAGGAUAUGGUUGUUGAUAGAGAUGAUUUGGCUGUUGUUGGAAUUAAUGGGAUUGGUGGAAGUGGUAAAACUACACUUGCUCGUGAAGUUUGUAGAGAUGAUGAUGUUAGAAGUUACUAUAAUCACAGAAUUUUGUUCCUGACGGUAUCGCAGUCUCCAAACGUGGAGCAAUUAAGGCAGAAGAUUUGGGGGUUUCUGUCAGAAACCAAGUUUAACGGCUUCUCCGACAUAGUCCCACAAUGGACACCUGGAUACAAUAGUUGGAACACAGCGACACCCAUCCUUGUUGUGUUGGAUGAUGUUUGGUCACUUUCAGUUCUCGAACGGCUUAUCUUCAAAGUUCCGGGUUGCAAAACCCUUGUCGUUUCGCGUAUUAAGUUUCCGCCUUCGGUUAUGAACGCAACUUAUGAGGUGGAGUUGCUCAUGGCAGAAGAUGCAGUCUCACUUUUCUGUCACACUGUUUUCGGAAGAACAUCAAUUCCUCCUGAUAAAGAUGAAGAUUUAAUCAAACAGGUUGUGGAGAAAUGUAAAGGGCUUCCGUUGGCCCUUAAAGUGAUCGGAGCGUCACUUCGAGACCGGCCCGAAAAGUACUGGUUAGGAGCCAAGAAUCGACUAUCGCGAGCCCAACCGAUAGACGACUCACACGAAAGUGAAUUACUUAAUCGAAUGAGACUUAGUAUCGAUUACCUUUCUGAAAAGGUGAGAGAUUGUUUUCUGGAUUUGGGUUCUUUUCCAGAAGACAAAAAGAUUCCUUUAGAUGUUCUCGUCAACGUAUGGACUGAGCUUCAUGACAUCGAUGAAGAAGAAGCUUUCGCCAUUCUUCUUGAACUCUCGACCAAGAAUCUCGUCACACUUGUGAAUGAUUCAAGGGCUGGGGAUAAGUACGGUAGCUACUGUGAUAUCUCGGUUUCACAACACGAUGUGUUACGAGACCUUGCUAUUCAUAUGAGCAAUGUCGGAAGUGUAAAUCAGCGAAAGCGUUUGGUUAUGGCCCGGAGAGAAAACGGGGUGCCCAAAGAAUGGGAGAGAGAUACCGAAAAGCCGUUUCUCGCAAGAAUCGUUUCCGUUCAUACAGGUGAAAUGAGAGAAAUGGAUUGGUUGCAAAUGGAAUUUCCGAAAGCCGAAGUCUUGAUAUUGAAUUUUGAUUCAACCGAUUACUCUCUGCCUCCGUUUAUAGCGAACAUGCCUAAACUUAAAGCGUUAGUGUUAAUAAACUACAGUACCAAAACCGCAGAGCUUCAUAACCUAUCGGUCUUGGGUACUUUAACGAAUUUAAGAAGUCUUUGGUUUGAAAAGGUUACCGUUCCUCAACUAUCCAAAAAGACUAUAUUACCUCUCGAAAAUCUCCGUAAAAUCUCAUUACUACUUUGUAAGAUAAACCUCCAAGACGAAUCCGAACGAGACCUCUCUCGUUUAUUUCCUCGCCUCACAGAGCUCACAAUGGAUCACUGUAUUGAAAUGACGAUCUUACCCUCGAGUAUCUGCCAAGUGAAAACGCUAAAGAGCUUAAGUAUCACCAACUGUGAAAGUCUUGAAGAACUCCCAUUUGAUUUCGGUAAGCUGAUAUUUUUACAAAUCUUGAGACUGAACGCGUGUCCGAAGCUGAAAACGCUUCCCGUUGGGAUAAAGAAUCUGGUAUGGCUAGAACAUAUUGAUAUUUCUCAGUGUGUUAAUCUUCAUUGUCUUAAUGAGGAAAUUGGGGAUUGUUUGAGUUUAAAAGAAAUCGAUAUGCACGAAUGCCAGCAAAUAAGACGGUUGCCGAAAUCCGUAAUGGGUUUGCGAUCGUUGAGACGCGUUGUAUGCGAUGAAGAGGUUUCAUGGCAGUGGAAAGAAUUAGAGUCAGAGUUACCUGGUUUGUUUGUUCAAGUUGCGGAACAACGCUUUGAUCUAGACUGGCUUACAGAGUAAAUAAACUUAUUUUUUUCAUUUUUAACUUUUUGUAGAUAUUAACUAGAUAAAUAGAUGAAGUUAAUAUAGAAAUAAAGUUGGUUAUUGGUCCAUUUUGGGUUAAGUAGAAAUAAAUCUAAUUGAGCCAUUAGUUUUUAUA